AUGGUGGAAAAUGGCAUAACGUCUGGAAAGAUUGUAAGUCAAGCUGCCUUAAAAGCCACAACACAAGUGCUUCAAAAUGGUUCUGGAAAUAUUGGAGGGAAGAAGAGAAUGGAGGAUGUGGCCGCUAUUGUAUCAGCGCCUAGAACUCAUGUCCAAGGUAAUUCCUCACAACACUAUUUUCCUUCCCAAGCUCCACAAUAUUCUGUCCCAUACACUCCAUAUCAUGUUUUUAAUGCACAACCAAUUGCACCCCCUUCUUAUCCACAAUGGCGUGCACCCACUCCACAAAAUCAUCCACCAUCCUCACAAGUUCAUCAAAAUACUGCUAGAAUUCCUUUCCGUCCUAAACCACAAUACAAAAAGGGAAAUGGCGUUAAAGAUGACUUCACUCCUUUUGGGGAGUCGUAUGCUAGCUUGUUCAAAAAAUUAAGGACAUUGAAUGUUUUGAGUCCUAUUGAGAGAAAGAUGUCGAAUCCUCCCCUGAGAAAUUUGGAUUAUUCUCAACAUUGCGCAUAUUGUUCUAAUGCCCCAGGGCAAAACAUAGAGAGAUGUUGGUAUUUGAAAAGGGCCAUUCAGGAUUUGAUCGAUUCUAACCGAAUUAUAGUUGAAAGUCUGAGUGGACCCAACAUCAAUCAAAAUUCAUUGCCGAGGCAUACUGAAACAAACAUGCUGGAAAUGAUGAAGGGUCAUGAAGAGUUUGCAUCGCCGUAUAAGCCAAUCCUUAGAGUUGGAACUGGCAUUGAGAAGUCAGCAAAUGUUGUUGAUCUAAAAAAAAUGAUGCCUUUAGGGGCGGAAAAUGUGUUAGAAAAGUUGAGUCCAUCAAACACACCCAUCUUAACUGUGAAAGGAGCCCUUGAAGAUGUUUGGGCAAGCCCGAGUAAGGCAAAAUCGUUUGUUCCAAAAGGGCCAAACAAGCCUAUCUUGAUCGUGCGAGGGGCCCAUAUUCCUCCUGUGAUUAUCAGGCCAGUACCCCAGCUCCCAAUGACAAACCCCAAAGCUGCUCCUUGGAAUUAUGAGCCUACUUCCGUGACAUACAAGGGAAAAGAAAUAGAUGAAGAAAUAGAUGAAGUGGGAGGAAUAACCCAUUCAGGAAGAUGUUAUGUCCCGAUGGAAUUAAGGAAAACAAAAAAUGACCAAAUACAAAUAAAGAGUCCGGUCACUGAAGGAGAGGCAGAGGAAUUCCUAAGGAAGAUGAAACUAUCAGACUACUCCGUGGUGGAACAAUUAAGAAAAACUCCAGCCCAAAUCUCUUUGUUGUCUUUGCUAAUACAUUUUGAUGAACAUCGUAAGGCUGUAAUGAAAAUUUUUAAUGAAGCACAUGUUCCUAGUAAAGUUACAGUGAGUCAGUUAGAGAAGAUUGUUGGGAGAAUAUUUAAGGUAAACCGCAUCACCUUUUCAGAUGAUGAACUACCCAAAGAAGAUGUUAUUGGUGAGAUAGAGCUCGUACUAACCAUAGGGCCUGUGGAUUUAGCUGUGAAUUUUCAAGUGUUGGAUAUCAAUGCGUCCUACAAUCUAUUGUUGGGGAGGCCAUGGGUGCAUAAGGCUGGAGUCGUCCCCUCAACGUCGCAUCAAAUGAUUAAGUUUGAAUAUGACCGACAAGAGGUAAUUGUCCAUGUUGAGGGGGAUCUGUCAAUCUACAAAGACUCUUCCUUCCCUUUUAUCAAGGCGGAUAAUGAGAAUGAGGCACUAGUUUAUCAAGCUUCUAAGGUAGUGGUUAUUGAGCAUGUACCCGUGGGGAGUGUCAUUUCAAAACCAAAUAUGCCCAUCGCAUCUGUAAUGGUGGUGAAUGAACUGCUGAAACAUGGGGUUGAGCCGGGUAAAGGCUUAGGAAUCUGCUUGCAAGGAAGAGUCUAUCCUGUGAGUCUACGAAAGAGCAUCGGUACUUUUGGCUUAGGCUACCAACCUAGAGUCGAGGAAAAAAUGAAGGCAAAGAAGCAUAAGAGAGAUGUAUGGUCACUUACCAAGCCUAUACAACCAAUCUACAAAUCUUUCAUCAAAGCCCGCGCAAUAGAAUCUUAUCAAUCAUCUUUUCCAGAGCCAGUGAUGAAAGUUAGCGAAGAAAUGAUAAACUAUUUUCAAGAUUUAUUUGUCGAGGUUGAUAUGGUGGAACUCGAAGAAGGCACUAGCGACAACGAUAUGCAAUUCAUUGGUCUUGAUGUCAAUCUAAACAAUUGUUCUUUCUAUGCCGAUUCUAGUGAUAUGACAUGCAUGCAGAAUUUUUUGCCAGAUCCUAAUAUCCAAUCUAAUCUUCGACCUAAUACUGAAAUAAUAAGUGAAGAAAUCGAAUAUGAUGAAGACGGAGUGUUUGAAGAAGAAGAUAUAAUCCAGGCCCUGUUUGAUUACAAAGAUGUUUUUGCGUCAUCUUAUGAUGACAUGCUUGGAUUAAGCACUGACAUGGUUGUUCACAAGUUGCCAAUUGAUCCUAGUUUUCCUCCGAUAAAGCAGAAAUUGAGAAAACUCAAAACCGACAUGAGUGUAAUAAUUAAAGAGGAGAUCACAAAACAACUUGAGGCCAAAGUCAUUCAAGUCUCUCAAUAUCCUUCUUGGUUAGCCAAUAUCGUACCCGUCCCUAAGAAAGACGGCAAAGUUCGAAUGUGUGUUGAUUAUCGUGAUUUGAAUAAGGCAAGUCCAAAAGAUGAUUUUCCUUAG